AUGUAUAGAAAUUUGGGUUAAACAUAUUAAGCAAUGAAUAUUAUAUAUGAGGAAAAUGGUAAUCAAUUAUGGUUGGGUGAUUAUACAGCUGCCUAAGACAAGUUUACUCUUGAUAAUAAAGGAAUUAAAACAGUUUUAACAGUUGCAUGUUAACUUAAUAUAAAAUAUAAUGAUUAGAAUAUGAAUCAUAAAGUAAAAUUUAUAUAUAAUAUUAUAGACAUAUUCAAUUCUUGAUUCAGAAUAGGCAAAUGUGGCAUAAUUUUUUGAUGAAUCUUUUUAUCUUAUUAAAAAUGGAUUGAAAUUUGGAUCUGUUCUUGUACAUUGUGCUGCUGGAGUUUCAAGAUCAGCAUCAAUAGUUAUAGCUUAUCUUAUGAGAAAUAAAGGAUGGACAUAUAGUGAAGCUUUUUCUUAUGUUAAGAGUAAAAGAUUUGUCAUUUGUCCAAAUAGUGGUUUUUAAAGAUAAUUGAAAAAUUAUGAGAAAUAAUUAAGACAAUCAAAAGAAUAAGAAAAAUAAAAUAAUAAUAAAGAAUUAGAAUGUAAUUAACAUAAUGUUUCUGAUAAAUAAUCAGAUAAUGUUAAUGUUCUUGAAAUUAAAAAAUCUGAAUAAUUAGUAAAAUUGGGAAAUGAAAAAAAAGUAGAGUCUUCAAUUUAAAAUGAAUUUAGAUAGACUAAUAAAAAUAAUGAAUUCUUAGGAAAUAAUUAAAAAUAAGAAACUAAAUCAAAUUUUAGAGUAUAAAAUAGAAAUUGUAUGCUUACUUCUAAAUUUAAUAAUACAAGAACAAAUAUGUAAUAAAAUAAAAUCAAUUUAUAAACUAUGUAAACAACAUACAAUUCAUCUUAUGCUGGACCUUAAAUUGUUACACAUGCAUAAAAUAAGUUAUUUGAUAAAUAUCCUUUAUCAAUUUUACCUGGAAUUUCUGGAAAAUCUAAUUAUAACAUAAAUAAUAGAAGAAAUCAAUGA